GAAAAAAAAAGUAAAAAAAUACCAUUUUAUUUUUUCAUCAUUCUUUUUAACUUAUCCAAAUGGUAAAAUUUUCCAAGCAAUUUGAGGGUCAGCUAGUACCUGAAUGGAAAGAGGCCUUUGUAGACUAUUGCCAACUCAAGAAAGAUAUCAAGAAAAUAAUUUUGCUUGACCACCAAAAUACUUGCAUUCAUAGCAAGAAAAAAAACAACAUUUCUUUCCCCAACACCCUCUUAACUUCCAUAACAAAACACACUUUUCUUGGCCUUAAGAUGAGAGAAUCAAAAGUCAUUCAAGUUCAUCGUAAAAUUGCGGGCUCGACUAGCACGGGAGAUUUGUAUGAAACCGAGCUGCUCGAGCAGCUUUCGGAUAUAAAUGGUGCGGUUGAGUUUUUCACGUGUUUAGAUAAUCAACUAAACAAAGUGAACACGUUUUAUGUGAAUAAAGAGAGAGAGUUUGUCGAGAGAGGGGAAUCGUUGAAGAAACAAAUGGAGAUUCUAAACGAGCUUAAGGCGACUUUAAGGGAAAAACGCGCGAAAGGACAGACUUCAAACGAGUCAAAAGAGGAAGACUCGAUAUCGGGCACUAUAUCAUGUGACGAUGAGUCCACUAAAAAUACACAGAAUAAUACAGAAGAGAGCUUAACCGAAGAAACUUCAGAUCAAUCUCCAAAAUCCGGUGAACUUACAAUGAGAAAGAAUAAAGAGGAAAGGAAGCUUAAGUCGAUUUCUAGCCGAACAAUUAAUUUCCAAGGCAAAAAUCUAAGAAUUCGCAUUCCCGUUACGAAUCCAACUCGCACGUUUUCAGCAAUAACUUACUUAUUUUGGGAUGAUUUGGCGAACCAAUCUUCCAAGAAAAGUGGCGUGGAAGGAAAUAAUAAGCUGCACGUUAACAAGAAAAAGCUCCAUCAUGCGGAGAAAAUGAUAAGGGGUGCAUUUAUCGAGCUUUAUAAAGGAUUAGGCUACCUCAAAACUUAUAGGAACUUGAACGUGCUCGCUUUUGUCAAGAUUCUGAAGAAGUUUGACAAAGUGACAAAUAAACAAGUUCUUCCUAUUUAUUUGAGAGUGGUUGAGGGCUCAUACUUCAACAGCUCAGACAAGGCUGUGAAAUUAGCAGAUGAAGUUGAGGAACUUUUUGUGAAGCAUUUUGCGGACGAUGACAAAAGAAAAGCCAUGAAAUACCUUAAACCAACUCACCGAAAAGAAUCACAUGCUGUCACAUUUUUCAUUGGAUUGUCGGCCGGGUGUUUUCUUGCGCUUUUCAUUGGAUAUAUUAUCAUAGCUCAUAUCACAGGAAUCAUGUUUAGUCUACUGUUUCUACAUUUCUUCUUAUACGGGUGCAACAUUUUCAUGUGGAGAAAAGCUCAUAUAAAUUAUGGAUUCAUAUUCGAACUCUCCCUAACAAGAGAACUUAAGUACAGAGACGUGUUCUUAAUCUGCGCAACAUCAAUGACAGCUGUAAUUGGCGUUUUGUUCGUUCAUCUUUUUCUCGUGGCAAAAGGGCAUCCGUAUGCUCAAGUCCAGGCUGUUCCGGGCUUUCUUCUAUUGAUUUUCAUUAUAGUUCUGGUGUGUCCAUUCAACUUCAUCUACAAAUCGAGCCGUUAUAGUCUGCUUUCCGUAAUCAGAAAAAUCGUCUUAUCGCCUCUUUACAAAGUUGCGAUGCUCGAUUUUUUCAUGGCCGAUCAACUUUGUAGCCAGGUCCCCAUGCUAAGAAACCUGGAGUACGUAGCGUGCUAUUACAUAACCGGAAGCUACAAAACUCGAGACUACAAUUACUGCAUGAAAACUGCUUACUAUAGAAAUCUAGCUUAUGCAGUCUCUUUUCUACCUUAUUAUUGGAGAGCCAUGCAGUGUGCUCGACGGUGGUUUGAUGAAGGACAAAAGAGCCACCUUCUAAACCUAGGGAAAUAUGUAUCUGCAAUGUUGGCUGCAGGGGCGAAAUUGGCAUACGAAAAGGAUAAAAAUGUCCGGUGGCUUUUCAUGGUCGUGAUUAUGUCAACUGCCUCAACCGUUUAUCAACUGUAUUGGGAUUUCGUUAAGGAUUGGGGUUUGCUUCGAUUUGGCUCGAAAAAUCCGUGGCUUAGAGACGAAUUAAUGCUUCGUAACAAAUUGGUGUACUAUUUUUCUUUGGGAUUGAAUCUUGUUCUUCGGUUAGCUUGGCUGCAGACAGUUUUUCACUACAAUUUUGAGAAAGUAGAUUACAGAGUUACCAUGCUGUUUUUAGCAGCUCUUGAGGUUGCCAGAAGAGGGGUGUGGAACUUUUAUAGGUUGGAGAAUGAGCAUUUAAAUAAUACAGGCAAAUAUAGAGCUGUGAAGAUAGUGCCACUUCCAUUUCAUGAGGUGGAUGACCAAGAUUAUGAUCAUCAAUCAAUUUGUCAAAGUUGCUAAAAGAGAAGAUUUAUUUAGCAAAUGAUGAUCAAGAUGUAAAGCUACAUAUUGUUUCUUUAUAAAUAUUAUUCCCCACUUUUUUUUAGUACUUUUCUUGUAGGUUCAUAAAUAAUACAAGAAGUUACACUUGUACACAUAAAUUAAAUUUGUAACCCAUGUU